AGUUUGUGUGCGAGUUUCGGGAUCGUUCCGUUUUCGUCGUCGUCCGAAUCAAUUUGCGCAAAUUGUACAACAAAAACAAACCCAAAACGGGCUGCGGUUGUUUGGUGUUACAGCUCAAGGCUUUCCAGGUGUGAUUGGAAUUUAAUUUGGCCCUAAUUGAUGCCGGAAGCGGCAAUUUAAAGUGCUAGUAAAGUACGAUUCCGAGGCGAUUAGAAGAGAGUUACGCCUUUUGUGGGCUAAAAAGAGAGUGUUACUCACACAGCGAAAAGUUGCAUCAUUCAUUGGAAAAAAAAGAACGGAGAAAUUGUGCAUGUGGUGGAAAUACAACGGCGCGCGCGUGUAAACAAACCAAACAGACGUCGUGAUUGUGUUAGUGCUUCUGCGGUAUUUUGAUUCUCUGACCUAAACUCAGGCUGGGCUGGCGUUAUUGAAAGUUUUGUGUGCUAGAUUACUCAUCGAUUUGUGAUUGCAGCAGGUAUUUUCGGGGAUUUCCACGAAACUAUUGCGCGGUUUUUUUUGUUUGAUCAAAUAAAUAAUCAAACGUUGUGAUUGUGAACGAGUCCAUACUAAAUGACAACUAGGAGACGCAAUGGAUCUUGAAGAAACUGUAAACUAUUUGCCGGAGGAGUGGCCCGCCAACCCGGACGACUUCAUGGACCUGUUCCAGCUGGACACGAACCUGCUGUUCAGCGAGUCCAGCAACGGUGGCUCGCCGGACGCCGGCAUGAACGACAUUUCGUCCAGCUUGAUCAGCAACCUGCAGAACGGAUUCAGCAGCAGCAGCAGCUCGUACGCAACAGGCGAACUCGGCAUGAUGGCCAACCUGGGUCUGCCCGAGCAGGCCAUGUCGCCGCUUUCGUCGCUCAGCUCGGACCAGGAGUUCCACGGCUUCCCGGGUAGCUCGGCCGGAUCGCUGGAGGACGACGGCGAGGACGAGUUUAUGGGCGACGCAUCGCCGGAGAUGGCCGCUGCCGUUGUGCCGACGGUCGCGGUAGAACAGCCGGAACUGACGACCAUCAAGAUGGAUCUACUGGAAGACGAUGGGAUGGCCGAGUUUAACGAGUUUGAGAGGUGCGUUGCCGAGCAGCAACAGCAGCAGCAAGGCGCGCUUUCGUCGGCCGCGUCCGACAGUGGGCUGUCGAGCGAUAACUUGGACUUUGGCACGGACUACGAAGCCCUCAGCCCGGCUGUGUCGUCGCCGGGGCCAUCGAUCAGCGAACGUGGCGGUCAAAACUCCCCGCCGCGGUACAUGAAGCAAGAACCGAUCCAGAACCAGCAGAUCAUCGUUCAGCAGCCGCAAACGGUGACCGCCGUCAUGUCCAAGGCGGGCAGCAAGGUCUACCAGACGGUCAAGACGGUUAUCAGCAACGGUGCCCAGCAGCUCAAGAAGGCAGCUCCGACGACAGCCAAGGUGAUUGUCGAGAAGGCUCAGCCGGACUUUGAGCCAACGGUGGCCACAAAUGUCACCGCCGGUGGAGGGUUGGUUUUGAGCAAGGAUCAGCUGCAGACGACCCAGCUAGUCAACGGCAAGGAGGUCAAAAUAUACCGCGUUGCAACGGCCAAGGCCGGCCAAACGGUCGCGAACAAUAUGAAUAAAAAAGUUACCCUUCAGUUGAAGAACGGUUCGAUGACGACGGGAAAGUCCGGUGGAACCGUUUUCCUGAACAACAAGAACGUCGUGUUGACGUCUGGUGGCGCUGCCAACGGAGUGCGUAAAAUCAUUCGUGUUCAGCAGCAACAGCAGCAGAACGGUCGUUCCAUUUUGGUGCCCGUUUCGAUUCAGGACUUGCGAACUAUCAAGAUUGUCAACCCAGCGAACUUGAAUGCCAAGUCCGCCAACAUUAAGCUGGCCGCGGCGAAUCUGCUGCAGCAGUCCAAGCAAGGACUCAUCCAGAAGAACGUCGUCCUCAGCAAGGAGCAGCUUGUGAUGGACGAUGGCGGCAGCGACACCGCGCCCAACUCGGACAACGAAAGCUUCGUCUUCGAGGACAUUAUGCAGCAAAGCAAUUCCGUUAUCGAGCAGGUCCAGAAGCAACAGCACCAUAAUCACCACUCUCUGGUGAGCGAUUCCGACGCCGAAGAUCUGGACGACGACCUGGAUGGGGACGACGGGAUGAGCCUAAACGGCGGAAAGACCGCUUCCGGAGCCUACCAAAAGUUGGUUCUCACCGCGGAAGAGAAGCGCCUGCUUUCGAAGGAAGGAAUUUCGCUGCCGACGAGCUACCCGCUGACCAAGCACGAGGAACGCGAGCUGAAGCGAAUCCGGCGGAAGAUCCGCAACAAGAUUUCCGCCCAGGACUCGCGCAAGCGCAAGAAGGAGUACGUUGACGGGCUGGAAGAGAGGGUCAAACAGUGCACCGAGGAGAACCAGACGCUGCUGAAGCGCAUCAAGAUCCUGCAAAGCCAGAACCACGAUCUCAUGAGCCAGAUGAAGAAGAUCCAGUCACUGCUGACCAAGGGUACCGGCAAGACGACACAACCGGCCACCUGUCUAAUGGUGCUACUGCUGAGCAUGGCCCUCGUUGCCGUCCCGAACCUGAAACUUGGCGGAACCCAGCAACAGCAGAACAUCCAGGACUCGAUCGAGAUGGCCGAACUGCUGCAGGAUGCCGCCACCGAGAAGACCCAGGUUCAGACGCCCCAGGCCCAAAGCCGGCGCUCGCUUCUGUUCGACACCAAGGAACAGCUCGGUGACGCACUGGUCGACGAAGAGAUCAACUUCGAUGAAAUCAUGGCCUUCAACGUCAACUCGCUGAUCGCCAACGAGCACGAUUACACGUCCGAGGAGGAACCGCCCAAGGCCAAAAAGGCCAAGACGCACUCCCUCGUUGAGUACGACGUGGACGACGACGUCUGGAACGGCAGCAGCAAGAUGCGCAUCAAGCUGGAAGCCGAAGAAACGCUGUUCAACCAGAAGGCGGCCCAGUUCCAGCGCGAGUUCGAGCAAAUCGUUGCCAACAGCGAGCACAGCUCCGGGUUCAACAUAAAAUCCGAAGUGAUCGUCGAUCGUGAUCUGCUGGAGUCGGUGAAAAAAUCGCCCGAAAUCUACUCGUCGACGGUUUUCGCCAAGGAUGGCCACAACAUUGACCUGCUGGGGACCUCCGGAGGCCAACUUUCAUCGGACGUUGAGGAAGCAAACCAGAAGCUGAACGCCUCCCAACAAAUCCAGCAACAAAACAACAAACGAAAGCUGCUGCUUUAAAUUAUUUGCAUGCAUGUUUAUUUUCAAACCUUGGGCUGUUGAUUCUAUGUGUACAUAAAACUUCAUUUCCAUAAGAGUAGUUGUAGGGAAAAACAAAAAAUUAAGAAAUCAAAUUUAUUUCUUAAGUUCUGCAUGUGGUGUAUCCAAUUAUAAAAUUGAUGCAUUUUUUUAAAAUAAAACUGUUGACACGUGUAUCGUCCAAACUUUACAUUGCAAGCGAAGAAACAGCCACAUUUAGUAUUGAGACGUACUGGUAUGAAAUUGGAAAUUUCCAUCUCUAGUUAAUAUCUUUAGAAUGAACACAAAAUAUAAAAAUUAUAUCUGUUAUACUUUAUUGUUGCUUGUUUCCCACCCCCCUUCUUUUUAAGUUUAAAAAAGUAAUCAAUUUUGUGCAAUUUUAUGUUUCUCCUUCCUCCCACCACUCCAACUGUAAACUGUUAAAAGCAAACUCUAAACUGCUUCUUGUGCUAAGGUUAGAACACAUUUUCUUGAUCACCUAAAAUCACCCAUUACUUUAGUAUCAUCACACACUGUUAAGACAAGAAUAAAAAAAAAACGCACGGGAAAUCAAAUUUAAAGCUAUAUCUCUAAACUAUAAAGUUUCAAUCUAAUAAUGACGAAGAUGAGAGUAACUAAUGUAAGUUAACUUUUUUGUUAGUCGAUAAAACAAGUGCACACAUUAGGCACCAUCCAACAACACCCUCUCUCUUGCGGUAGCAGAUCGAUUCCUAUUAAAAUUGAUGAUUUCUCCCUUGUCCUUGUCCAGGUUAAGCAAAUUUAUGUCCGAUACAACGCAGAAGACAGAGAAGCAAAAUUUGAUAAAUGAUGAAGAAUGUAUGGUUACACUGAUUGUUACAACAAGACAGGCAGAUAGAUGUACACCCCACACACUAUUAUACAAUAGCAUUAAAAUAAUAUAUUCUAUUGCUGUAUAAAACAGUA